AACAUCAACAACAACUUAAGGACCUGUGGAGCUUGGCAGGCCUACGUGGAGCUGAGUGAAGUGAUGGGUACAGAGGGGCAGCCGGGCUACAGUUGGCAGGAGACGGGUCGAUGGAUGGGCCACGAGCAGAACUACGACCCGGCGUCAGGGGGUUGGAGCCAGUCACACCUGUCCUUCCUCACCUUCAAGAGCCUUGUGCAGCUGCGCAGAACCCUCAACACUGGAGUGGUGCUGCUGGACAUGAAUGAGAAGGAGUUGUCCGAUAUCAUGGAGAAGCUGGUGGAUGAGAUGGUCAACAGGAAGACCAUGGACCCCGCUAACAAAGUUGGCGUCCUCAACGCCCUUCUACAGAACCGCAGUCCAACACAAGAGACUCAACCUCUUACAGGAGGCACAGAUGUGAAGUCAUACUCUGUCACUGAAAAGAAAGAUGGAUCUGAAAAUGUGGAGGCAUCCAUUAUUCUCGUAGGAGCACUGGACUUUUUGGACCAGCCCACGGUGGCGUUUGUACGCCUGAAGGAGGCGGAGGUUCUGGAGGCGGCUCUGGAGGCUCCUGUUCCGGUGCGCUUUGUGUUUGUGCUGAUUGGACCCAGUGAGAGCGAUAUGGAUUACCACGAGACCGGCCGAGCCAUGGCAGCAGUGAUGGCUGACAGGGUGUUCAACCAGGCGGCGCUGAACGCCAAGGCAGAGCGUGAGCUGACGGAUGCCAUGGCCGACUUCAUGGACUGCAGCAUCGUGGUGCCCCCCACGGAGAUCCAGAGCGAGGCCAUGCUCUCGCCCCUCAUCGGCCUCCAGAGGAAGCUGCUGAAGGACCGGCUACGCAGGAACUCCGAGCCCAAGAUCAGCCUGGACGUCAAGGCUCGCAAAGCCUCCAUCAGCUCCCUGCCCCCCGCUGAGGACCCCUUGGUGCGGACCGGGCGGCCAUUCGGGGGCAUGAUACGCGACUUCAGGAGGCGUUACGAGCACUACAGGAGUGACAUCACAGAUGCCCUGAACGCCCAGGUCCUGGCUGCAGUCAUCUUCAUCUAUUUCGCAGCUCUCUCGCCAGCCAUCACCUUCGGAGGGCUGCUCGCUGAUAAGGUGGAGAACAUGAUGGGCGUGCCUGAGCUGCUCAUCUCCACGGCGGUGCAGGGCGUCAUCUUCUGCCUGGUGGCAGCACAGCCUGUCCUCGUCAUCGGCUUCUCUGGACCCCUGCUGGUGUUUGAGGAGGCCUUCUUUGCGUUCUGUAAGUCCCAGGGCAUUGAGUACAUCGUCGGGCGCGUGUGGGUUGGCGUGUGGCUGGUAGUGAUCGUGGUGAUCAUCGUGGCGGCGGAGGGCAGCUUCCUGGUCAGAUUCAUCUCGCGCUUCACACAGGAGAUCUUCUCCAUCCUCAUCUCCCUCAUCUUCAUCUACGAGACCUUCGCCAAGCUGGGCAGGGUGUUUAAGAACCACCCUCUCAACCUGAACUAUGACAUUCUAAAUGACACCAUAGAGAACCCGUGGCAUCCGAUUACGGUCCAGGUCUAUGACAACUCCACUGGUAAUGUUACCAUGGUGACCAAGACGGUGAUGCGGGCGUACCCCAACACAGCCCUGCUCUCCAUGUGUCUGAUGCUGGGUUGCUUCUCCAUGGCCUACUACCUGCGCAUGUUCAAAAACGGAACUUUCCUCCCAGGAAAGGUGCGUCGUCUCAUGGGUGACUUUGGAGUGCCCAUUGCCAUAUUUCUGAUGAUCGUCAUAGACCUCAACAUCAAGGAUACCUACACACAGAAACUGGUGGUGCCCAAAGGGCUGCAGGUGUCCAACCCGGAGAUGAGGGGCUGGCUCAUCAAUCCGUUUGGCGAGCACAAGAGCUUCCCAGUGUGGAUGAUGUUCGCCAGCGUGGUGCCUGCCAUGCUCGUCUUCAUCCUCAUCUUCCUCGAGUCCCAGAUCACCACUUUGAUCAUCAGCAAGCCGGAGAGGAAGAUGGUGAAGGGCUCCGGGUUCCAUUUUGAUCUGCUGCUCCUCGUCACCAUGGGGGGGCUCAGCGCCAUUUUUGGGGUUCCCUGGCUAAGCGCUGCCACGGUGCGCUCUGUCACCCACGCCAACGCCCUCACUGUCACCACUAAGGGCCCUAAGCCUGUCAUAGAGAAGGUUCUGGAACAGAGGAUUAGCGGGGUGCUGGUGGCUCUACUGGUUGGCCUGUCCAUCCUUAUGGAGCCAAUCCUGAAGACGAUCCCCAUGACGGCCCUCUUUGGGAUCUUCCUCUACAUGGGAGUCACCUCGCUCAGCGGGAUUCAGCUGUGGGAUCGAAUGUUGCUUCUACUCAUCCCCAAGAAAUACCACCCCAAUGAGCCAUACGCCACUGUGGUGAAGACAAACCGGAUGCACCUGUUCACUAUCAUCCAAAUAGUGUGUCUGGCACUGCUGUGGAUUGUGAAGUCCAGCCCCAUCUCCCUCGCACUGCCCUUUAUCCUCAUCCUCACCAUCCCUCUGCGCAUGUUCAUGACCGGACGACUAUUCACCGAACUUGAAAUGAAAUGUCUGGAUGCAGACGAUGCCAAGGUGGUGCUGGAGGAGGAGCCAGGGGUGGACGUGUACGCAGAGUCCCAGAUGCCCCUCUAGACCAUUGACUCUUAUCCUGGGGGCUCGUGCACACCAGAAACUUUGUCGUGGCCAUCUGAAACUGUCUUUAGUGCACCAGAAACUUUCUGAAGGUGGCGUUAAAUGAUUUAGUGACAAGUGCGGUCACAUGAUGCUAUUCUUGGUUAUGAUAGGCUACUACAGCCAUGUUUGUAAAUUUGUCAAACUGUGCCUUGCCUAUACCAAAACUCAUU